ACAAUCUGAGAUCUGAAAGAUAUUUCUAAAUUCUCAUUAAAUUCCCCCAUAAAUUUUCAAUCUUUGCUGAUUUUCCCCCAAAUUUCUGGAGAUAGAUAACCUUCGUUUUUCAGGAGUUUCUUUCUAUAUUUCUUCAUCGAUUUCGUUCAGUCUUUGAGAGAGGUUCGUCGACGUAUUAUCGUCGGAAAAAAGCUAUGAGAAUCUAUUUCUCAUAGCUCCAGUAAUGUGAAAUCGAGACAACGCUUUAUCUUCAGAAUCUGCUAAUCCAUGGGAGAUUCAAUCACAUUCCGGUAGAUUUUUUUCCAGUUUCUGGGGAAGUCAAAAAUUUCUAGGGUUUCCGAUUUUUGUUUUCCUUUUCCAAAUGUUCUCGAAUCAGUUUGUUCUCUUCUUCUCUCUUCUCCUAUGUCUCCCAUUUGUUUUCUUCUUUGUAGCGCCACAUGUGUUUCCUUCUCCUCCUGGUGAAUCUUUAAUCCCAAUCUCCGAUGAGAUUGAUGACCGGAGUUUAUUCAUCGCCGCUGCUGGAUCAACCUCUCUUUCUCAUCUCUCAUCUGGAAACCCUAACCCUAAGCUCAAGAUUGCUUUUCUAUUCCUCACCAACUCCGAUCUCCAUUUCGCGCCAAUCUGGGAUCGAUUCUUCUCUGGUCAUUCGAAAUCUCUCUACAACGUCUAUGUCCACGCAGAUCCUUUUGUCAAUGUCACAAGACCUGGGAAUGGCUCUGUGUUUGAGAAUGCCUUCAUUGCAAACGCGAAACGCACCGCAAGAGCUUCUCCGACUCUUAUCUCCGCCACGCGGCGCCUCCUCGCUACCGCUUUCCUUGAUGACCCUGCGAACACUUACUUCGCUGUGCUCUCUCAGUAUUGUAUUCCUCUCCACUCGUUCAACUAUGUUUAUAGCUCUCUCUUUGAAUCUUCAAUUUUUGAUAAAUCUGAUCCGGAUCCGAAUCCGAAUCCGAGAGGUAUUAGAAUCUUGUAUCGGAGUUUUAUGGAACUGAUAUCUGAUGAGCCUAGGCUUUGGAAACGGUACACUGCUAGAGGAAGGUAUGCUAUGAUGCCUGAGGUUCCGUUUGAGAAAUUCAGAGUUGGUUCGCAGUUCUUUGUUAUGACUAGAAGACAUGCUUUGUUAACAAUCAAAGAUCGGAUCUUGUGGCGUAAAUUCAAGCUCCCGUGUUAUCGUUCUGAUGAGUGUUACCCGGAGGAGCAUUAUUUCCCGACGCUGUUGAACAUGAAGGAUCCGGAUGGUUGCACUGGGUAUACGUUGACGCGAGUUAACUGGACUGGGACUGUGAAAGGACAUCCUUAUACUUACAAACCAAAGGAAGUUGUGCCAGAGUUGAUCCAGAGACUCCGGCGAUCGAAUCACUCUAGCUCCUACUUUUUCGCCCGCAAAUUUACUCCGGAUUGCUUGAAGCCGCUUUUGGCCAUUGCAGAUUCUGUGAUUUUCAGAGAUUAAGUUAUGCAGGGUGAGAAAACAAAAGUUUUGGUGACCGGAGAGGUUUUAUGUAUGGGUUGAAGAACAAAUGCCACUUUCAGAAUUAAGAAGAGGCAAAGCGAAACGAUGUUAGGAGGCUUUGAGGCUUGAAAUAAAUAAACCAGCUUUAGUGGUACUCGGAGCUCAGGCUUGUUAGCUGUUGUGACAUAUAUAUCACACGACACGAGAACACAGAUCAAGAGACAGAGAAACCGAACUUGUAAUUUUUUUUUUUGUUUUUCUUUUUGUUCUUCUUUUUGUUCUUUGGAGCUGGUGCUGUUACAUAGCAGAGCUCUUUUUACCUCAAAGGCUUGGGGUCUGUAGCAUUAUAAUUGUGUCAAGGAAAUCUAUGAAGAGAAUAUGUUAUCUCUUGUGGUGAACACCACAUUGAAUAUAUAAAAGAUCAAAGUUUACU